AUGAUUGCGAAUUUCACAGAGAAAAGCCAGGAGCCAAUCCUCGAGGAGAAAGGGGGCGAUUCAGUCACUGAAAUUCAAGAUGAUAAGCAAACUGCUGGCGUUGUCAUUGACAACACCGACCAGUUGAAACGACACCUAGGUAACCGUCAGAUCCAAUUGAUCGCCAUUGGUGGCUCCAUUGGGACAGCGACCUUCGUCAGCAUCACGUCCGGUCUAACCAAGGGUGGCCCUGGUAGCUUAUUCCUGGCAUACACCAUCUACUCCUGCAUGAUGGGCCUGGUCAACAAUUGUAUGGCCGAAAUGGCUGUCUUCAUGCCCAUCAGUGGUGCUUUUAUUCGACUGGCGGGCCACUGGGUCGAUGAAGCCUUUGGUUUCUGGGCUGGUUGGAACUUCUUCAUUUACGAGGCACUCCUCAUUCCAUUCGAGAUCUCAGCAUUGAACCUGGUCUUGACAUUCUGGCGGGAUGACAUUCCGGUCGAGGCAGUAGUAGCUGCCUGUAUUGUCAUCUACUUUGUCCUCAAUGCGUUUACGGUCAAGUGGUAUGGUGAAGCUGAGUUUUGGCUGGCAACUGGAAAGGUACUGCUCAUUCUCAUUGUCUUCAUGUUCACAUUCAUUACCAUGGUUGGUGGCAACCCCAAGCACGAUGCUUAUGGGUUCCGCUACUGGAAUAAACCCGGUGCAUUCGCCGAAUAUCUCUCAACGGGUCCUUUGGGUCAGUUUGAAGGCUUCAUAGGAGCUGUCUGGAGUGCCUCGUUCACCAUCGUCGGACCUGAAUACAUGUCAAUGGUAGCAGGAGAAACCAAGCUGCCUCGACGCUACCUAAAAGCAGCCUUCAAGACUACCUAUGUUCGUUUUGCCAUCUUCUUCAUCGGCAGUGCGCUAUGCGUGGGCAUUGUCAUUCCAUACAACGACACAACACUUCUGGACAUUCUCAGCGGCUCUUCGGGUGGCUCAGGCACGGCGGCCGCAUCUCCCUAUGUCAUCGCCAUGAAAAACCUAGGCAUUACCGUGUUACCUCAUAUUACAAAUGCUUUGUUAGUGACGAGUAUUUUCUCCGCAGGUAAUGCGUACACAUACUACGGCACUCGCAGUCUCUAUGGCUUGUCUCUCCAGGGCCAGGCACCCAAAAUCCUUCGACGCUGCACGAAAGCCGGCGUUCCCAUCUACUGCCUCUGCGUUAUUAUUGUCUUCCCCUUCCUCGCCUUUUUGAACGUUUCCAGCGGAUCUGCUCUGGUUCUCACUUGGCUCACGAACAUCAUCACUGCCGCCCAGGUCAUCGACUACAUUAUUAUUUGCGUGACAUACCUCUUCUUUUAUCGCGCCCUCCGUGCUCAGAACAUGGACCGGCGAGCUCUUCCAUACUAUGGCUACUUCCAGCCCUACUCUGCCUGGAUCGGCCUGAUCUGGAUGACCUGUGUCGUAUGCUGCUACGGCUAUUCCACUUUCAUUCCAGGAAAGUUCACCGUGGGCGAUUUCUUCACUUAUUAUACCAUGGUCCUAGCCUCCCCAGUCCUGUUUUUUGGGUGGAAGUUAUUCAAGCGUACCAAGUUCAUCAAGGCGCACGAAGCUGACUUGAUCUGGGACCGGCCAGUCAUCGAUGCGUAUGAGGCUACUUUCACGGAGUACACGCCGGGUUUCUGGACGGAGAUCCUGCAAAUGUUUGGACUGCGGAGGAAGAAACAGAUAACUCGGGAGAUGUAG